AUGAGCGGGCUCAGCAACUUGAAUAAGCAGUACUUGACAUACUUGGUAAAGUAUCCGCUUUUGACCAAAGCCGUCACCGCCGGUGUGUUUUCUGGAUUGAGCGAAAUCGUCUCUUCAGGAAUCACCAAUGAGUUCAAGGAGACAGUUGUGUUUGGCAAGUACAAGGUCAAGCACUUCUUCACCCGGAAGUUGUUAACUAUGAUUAUCUACGGGUCUUUGAUUGCUACACCUAUUUCCCACAAUUUGUACGAAAUCAUAAAUAACAAGCUCUUUGUUGGCACCUUGACUACUAAGGGCAAGAUCUUGAAGAUAUUGACUUCGUUGUCCACGGUGACUCCACUUUUGUCUGCCUGCUUCACUGCUUGGAUAGCGUUGAUUAACAAUUAUGAAAUUGGAAAGGAGUUUUCUCCAUGCACUGAAAUCAAGAAAAUCAUUGCUAUCGCCAAGGCAGGGUUGAAGAAGGGUUACACUACCGUGUUGAAGUCGUCACUCGUGACCUCGUUCUUCUCGUUAAUCGUUGCCCAGAAGUUCAUUCCUCCACAAUUGUGGGUUGUGUUCUUCAACUUGGUAUAUUUCGUCUUGGGAACUUACCAGAACACCAAGUUGAAGUUGGCUCAGAAGAAACUCAGAUUACAACAAGAGAAGGAGCAAGAGAAGAAGGAGGAAUAA